GUCAUUGUGUCGGUCGCCUGCCUUCUGUUUUCAGUCGUCUGUAAGUUGCGUAAAGAUGACGCCCGUUUGAUUAGUUAGGUCGUUUUGGCUAAAGGUAGUCUGUUAAUGGCGAGCAAUGUUCUCCGUCUAAUACGACCUUACAUUUUCAACUCUAACCCCGUUUUGCUGAGGUCUUAUUCAAUGGACGGCAUGGGUACGGCGAUCGCGUCGCGUCGUUCCCCGCUCGAGCGGCUGGAUUUCGAUAACGUCGUGCUGAGGAAACUUCCUGUGGAGGAGUCGGAGGCCCCGGGAGUGAGGACCGUCCGCGGCGCGUGUUUCUCCAGAGUGAAGCCGCAACCUGUGCAGAAUCCUCGCUUUGUAGCAGUGUCCGGUCCCGGUAUGGCGCUGCUUGGCCUCAGCGUGGAGGAGGUGAUAAAUGACCCGCUGGGUGCUGAGUAUCUGAGCGGCUCCCGGGUGAUGCCAGGCUCCGAGCCCGCUGCCCACUGCUACUGCGGACACCAGUUCGGGCACUUUGCAGGGCAGCUGGGUGAUGGAGCUGCGUGUUAUUUGGGUGAAGUGAAAGCUCCAGCUGAUCAGAGUCCCGAGCUACUGAAGGAAAACCCCAGCAGGCGCUGGGAGAUCCAGCUGAAGGGGUCAGGGCUCACUCCAUACUCCAGGCAAGCAGAUGGACGUAAAGUCUUGCGCUCCAGCAUCCGUGAGUUCUUGUGCAGCGAAGCUGUUUUUGCCCUAGGGAUUCCUACCACACGGGCCGGCUCUGUAGUGACCUCAGACUCGCGGGUCAUGAGAGAUGUGUUUUACAACGGCAAUCCGAGCAUGGAGAGAUGCUCAGUGGUGUUGCGCAUCUCUCCCACUUUUAUCAGGUUUGGUUCGUUUGAGAUUUUCAAACAGGCAGAUGAAUUCACAGGUCGGCAAGGCCCCAGCUAUGGAUAUAAUGAGAUACGAACUCAGAUGCUGGAUUAUGUCAUUGAAACUUUCUACCCAGAGAUCCAACAGAGUCACUCAGACCCAGUGGAGAGGAACACCGCGUUCUUUAGGGAGGUGAUGCUGAGAACAGCCAGACUUGUGGCCCAAUGGCAGUGUGUGGGAUUCUGUCAUGGAGUCCUCAAUACUGAUAACAUGAGUAUACUGGGGCUUACACUGGACUAUGGACCAUUUGGCUUCAUGGACCGCUUUGACCCAGAGUUCAUAUGCAACGCCUCUGAUAAUUCUGGCCGUUACUCAUAUCAAGCUCAGCCAGAAAUCUGUCGCUGGAACCUGGCUCGGCUAGCAGAAGCUUUGAACCCAGAUCUGCCCUCGGACCGGGCGCAGGCUGUGUUGGAGGAGUACACACCCCUCUUCAACGUGUUCUACUUGAGCAACAUGAGAAGGAAACUGGGCUUGCUGAGGAAGGAGGAACCAGAGGAUGAGAUUCUCAUCACAAACCUAAUGCAGACAAUGCAUAACACGGGUGCAGACUUCACCAACACCUUCCGCUGUUUGAGUCAGAUUUCAUGCCCUGCAGAAGGAGAGGCAGUGGAGGAUAAUGAAGUUGUCAGACAGGCCAUAGAGCUUCUCCUGCAGCAAUGCUCCUCUCUAGAGGAGCUAAAGGCUGCCAGCAAACCUACUAUGGACCCACGUGAGCUCUCUAUGCUGCUGUCCUUGGCCCAGAGUAACGCUGCACUGUUCGGCAUGUUGUCAGAUCGGAGGACAUUGGCCCGGCAGCUGGAGAAGCUCUCUAGGUUAAAGGAGCUCCUGGAAAGCACAGAGACAGACCUGAAGACAAAGCAGACAGAGGAAUGGACCUGCUGGAUUAAACAGUACAGGCAGCGUCUUGCUCGUGAGUGUGAGGGAGAGUGUGAUGUGAAGGCAGUGCAGGAGGAGAGAGUGCAUGUGAUGGACAGCACCAAUCCUCGUGUAGUCCUUCGAAAUUACAUCGCCCAGAACGCAAUCGAAGCAGCAGAGAAUGGCGACUUCUCUGAGGUUCAGAGAGUUCUGAAAGUGCUGGAGAAGCCGUUUUGCUCGCAGGAGGGCUUGGAGCUGCCAGGCUGCAUGGUAGGACGGAGGAGGACGGAGGAGGCACAAGAAAGGGAUGAAGAAGAGGAGCAGAGAGAGGCUGAGGAGGAUGUUACAGGAGCAGAGAACAGAGGGAUUGUGUCUUAUGACAGUAGGCCCCCAGCAUGGGCUGCUAAAAUCUGCGUCACAUGAUCAUCCUAAACCCUUCAGGACAAGUAUCCCAGAGAUUCCCUCUCUGGGUGUCUGUCUGUGAAGGCUUUUUGAGGUACUAAACUCAUGUUAACCAGUUUAAGAAUAUAUAGAACAUAUGAAAAAUAAUGGUUGAUUUCUAGUGAAACUAAAAAUGCAGUUCUACAAAAUUCUAUUCUAUAUAUUUGACUGGUUAUUAAUGAUGACUUAGACCACCAGUCUAAGACACAGGUCUAGGUCUGAAAGACAGAAGUUUUAGUACCCUUAUAAACCAAAGAGUAUGUGGGCUAGGGUGAGAGAGAGAGUUUUUGUGUGUAAUUUUAUAUGUAAUUUUGUGUGUGAGGGAGUGAGUGAGAGCAAGCAAAAGUCUUAACGCACAAGUAAGUGAACGAUAAGCUCCAAAUUGUAAGCGCACAUUUAGUUGCUGCUAAUACUUACAACAAAUUAUGUCUGUUGUAUUCAAAUGCAAUUCUGUUAUUAAGUAAUAAUAUGCAAAUGAGCGUAUGCUGGAAUAAAAGGUUUGUGGUUCCUUACUCUAUACAAAUGGAGUAUAUACCUGAAUGUAGGCCUUACGGUUUCAGGACUUUUAUGAAAUUUAUUGAAAGUGGUGUAAUAAGUGUGAUUGUUUACUUUCUUAAUAAUUUAGAUAUAAUAAACUGUAAAAUAAAUAAACAAUUAAACCUCUGCCAAAGACAA